AUGAGAAGCCAAACCUGGCCUGCUCGCGCUUCUGCUCUCAUCAAUUACAGGUCACUCGGCACGCAUGUGAACAGCGUCAUUACUAGAGCAGUGAAUUGUAGGCUACGGACUGGCGCCCAACAGCAUCGAGGUGAGCCAGUGAGCUCGGCUGCAACUUUGUUCCUUAUUGUGCAAUCCAAAUACUGGCUCUUGGAAAACAAACUUUAUUUUUGUCGUUCUGGUCUCAGUUGCAGUGCUUUCGAGGCGAGACGCAUCUUCGAGUUUUUGGUUUUGGCUUUGGAGUGCGGCUUGAAAAAUACUUACAUUUUGCACGCCAGAUCGCUGUCCGCGCCUCGGCCAGCAUUUCAAUUUCUUGUUCUCACGUCUUUAAUGUUGAGUUAUUUAAUGUCAUUGUGCAAAAUGCUGACAUUAAUAAAUUUUUGCAAGUGCGGCAUGGAUGACAGCUACAAAGCUCCGACGCUUGCUCGCCUUGUAGCAGGAGUUGAGCUUAACAAGCCCUUCCCGGCAGAAAUUUCGCAAACUAUCCGUUGGGCGUUUCCGCGGACCUUGAUGUUAAAGCUAUAUCACUCUUUCUCUUUAGGGGCGAGGCUGGACCUUAGACGUCUGUAG